AGGUUUUGCGCCCGUUUGCGUUAGGUUAGACAACAAUGGUGCGGCCAACGCGUGCUUGUAAGCGGUACACGCCCGAAGAGGCCUGCCGCGUCCUCGCCGACCUUCGUAAUAUAUCCGAUCUACUUUCGGAGAACGAGGAUGAUCCGAGCGGAGACGAAAGCGAUGGUGAUGAAGAUUUCGUGUUAGAGGAAGAGGUAUCUUCAGAUGACGACGGCCGCGACGAGGAGGAACAAGAUAAUGUCUUACCUCAGCAAAUCGACAACCUACCAGUGCAGGGACGUGGAGGACGUUCCAUUCGCGGAGGCCGUGCGGGUGGCCGUGCUCCUGGCCGCGGAGGCCCUGAUCGUGGUGGCCGAGGUUCUCGUGACACCGGUGCACCUGAUCAGCCGACCGUUGACGCUGACGGUGCUCGAGGACGCGGUCGAGGCCACCGAGCUCCCCGUGGACGCCGUGCUCCUCGCAGAGGCCACGCUACUGAUGCUGACCCGGCUGCGCCUGCAACUCCUGUCGUCGAAGGCGCUGCUCCCGCUGAACCACCUGCAGCCAACGACGUCCGUGCACGCCCCGCAGCACCAGCAGCAGAACGGCGACGUCUCUCCACACGGCAGGUUGGUGAUAAGAUACCUGGAAAAGAAGGUACAGAGUGGAUUGUUAGUGCUGUUGGUGACGAGAACGUCGGGCGGCGAGAAGCGCAGAAUGUACUUCGAGAAGUGCCUGGGCCCGCCCCUUUUGCAAAGCGCUCUGUCGAUGAGAGCAGUGUACGGUCUGCAUGGGAUCUCUUUAUUACGAAUCCCAUGCUGAAACAUAUUCAGAACUGUACCCAAAUCAGAGCAAGAGAGGACACUGGUGAACCAGAUUAGGCGGUGUCAAUCGAAGAGCUAGAAGCUAUUGUCGCAAUCAUGUAUUGUCGGGGCUCGUAUGGAUCUAGAAAUAUAAGCAUGAAGAGUUUGUGGUCAAAAGAAUGGGGACCACAAUUUUUCACAAAUACUAUGAGUAGAAACCGUUUUGUAGAAAUCAUGCGAUACCUUCGGUUUGACAUAAGAGCGCAGCGGUCACAGCGACUUCAGACAAACAAGUUUGCUCUGAUCUCUGAUACAUGGGAUGCGUUCAUUGACAACUGCAAGGCGUGCUACAAGCCGGGUGCGGAGUUAACUGUAGAUGAACAACUUUUUCCAUCAAAGACACGUUGUCCAUUUAUUCAGUAUAUUCCUAGCAAGCCGGAUAAAUUUGGAAUCAAAUUCUGGAUACUAGCUGACCCUAAAAGCAAAUAUAUGUGCAACGCUGCACCUUACCUUGGGAAGAUGGAGGACAAGGAUACCUCUCUCACUGCGGGGGAACAUGUGGUGUUGUCGUUGGCGGACCCCUACCUGAAACAAGGAAGAAAUAUUACUACCGACAAUUAUUUCACUUCUCUGAAUCUCGCAAAGAUUUUGAAGUCCAAGCAAACGAGUUUGGUCGGGACAAUGAAUCGUGCUAGACGAGAAGUGCCACAAGAGGUGAAAGUAGCGCGCGGCGAGUUACACUCAACAGUGUUCCUCAAAUCUGAGCAUGCUACUAUGACUAUUUAUCAGGGAAAGGUAGAAAAGAACGUCAUUGUGCUCAGUUCAAUGCACCCAGCAAUCACCGUUGACGACUCUGCUAAGAAACUCCCAGAGUCCAUAAAGUACUAUAAUAGCACAAAAUACGGUGUAGAUACUGUAGAUCAAAUGGCUCGACUUUACUCUGUCCGGUGCGGAACUCGCCGAUGGCCACUUCACGUUUUUUCCAAUGUGCUUGACUUCGCGGCUAUAAAUGCCUGGGUCAUUUACAAAGAAUGCACAACUAAAAAGAUUUCACGGCACAGUUUCAUACGACAGCUAGCAAAUGAACUGUCGGCAGCUAACCGAUCUCGUAGAGCCAUUUCUCAACCCCUUGCCACAGUUGCGAACUUACCUGAGUUGCCUCAAUCAGCAUCGCGGCGGAAGUGCCAAGUACUGGGUCUCUGCACCGGAAAUAAAACUUCAUCCUUCUGUGCUGGCUGCAAAAAGCUUGUAUGUGGAAGCUGUGCUGGAAAGACCAUAGUUUUGUGCUGCACCUGCAAUGAAGAAUAUGAUGUGAGUAAUGAAUAAUUCAUAAGUGAUGAAAGAAGAAAAGUGCAUAUUCACUUACCUGUUCCUUUUUAUACCAAAAACCUGUACUUUAGUUUUAGUUUUACUUACCUAAUGUUGUUCCUGCAAUGCGAAGUAUAAAAAUGACAGAACCAAACUAAAAUGUGCCAUUUUUUAAAUUUCAAAAGCUAAAAAUGUCAGUUUUACUUACCUGUUUAAUUGUUCCUUGAGUUUGAUUGUAUUGUAAUUGUACAAUGUUCGACAUAAUAAUAAACAUUUUUUGUGACAAAAUGUCCCUAAAAUUGAGUUUGAAUGUUUACCUUUUAAAAAUGUCCAAAAUAACGCGCUCAGAAAGCAGAAUUGCAAUAAAAUUGCUAAAAAUCGCUUUUUUUGCUGUGCGGGUUGCC